AGUGGACUGGACUAAUUGAUACAGCAACUAAAGCCAACUAGGCACAAUGAAAAAAUUGUCAGUAGAUUUCUUACAAAGGCGAGUAAGCUUUAUGACCAGUAGAAUUACCUUAAGAUAGAUAGAUGGCUAGAAGCAUAUCUCGCUCGCCGUCGCACCGGCGGAGGCGCUCACCGUCGCCGGCAGACCGCCCCCAAAGAAGAAGAAGCAGAAGGGCUGACCGCAUCCGCUCUUCUUAUUCCAAUUCUCACUCCAGGAGGAAAAGUGAUUCUGAUUCUCCACCCCCUCGGCGCCAUCAGAGAAGUCGUUCACCGAGUUACAGGAGGCGUAAAAGUCGGUCUCCGACACCUUCUAGGCGACGUAGAAGACAUAGAAGUAGAAGUAGGACUGAAUCAUUGUCUCCAUUGUCUAGGUCAAGAAGUACAAGUAUUGCUUCUACCAAAAUUGCUGUUGAGAAAUUAAAGAAAGAGGAGGAAGAGAAGAAGAGGCGUCAACUAGAGGCUGAACUAAACCUAUUAGAGGAAGAGACUACUAGGAGACUGGAGGAAUCCAUUCGGAAAAAUGUGGAAGAGAAAUUAAAUUCUGAGGAAGUCCAGUCAGAAAUAGAGAGGCGGAUAGAAGAAGGUCAGAAGAAAUUGUUUGAUGAUGUUGUAGCUCAACUGCUUAAGGAAAAGGAAGCUGCUCUUGUUGAGGAAAGAAGGAAAGAAGCACAAGCUCGAAAAGAAAGAGAAGAGCUGGAUAAGAUGCUGAAAGAGAAUAGUAGGAGGGUGGAAGAGUCACAGAGAAGAGAAGCCUUGGAGCAACAAAGGAAAGAUGAGGAACGAUUUUGUGAGCUAGAGCUGAUUAAAAGACAAAAGGAAGAGGUUGCUUGGAGGAAAAAGCUGGAAGUGGAAGAAGAUCAUACAAACCAGAUGAAACUGUCGGGUAAGAAUAAAUCUCGACAGAGUCGACCUUUUGGAAUUGGUUGAUGACAUCAAUUCAAUGCCUGUAUGUUGUAUCCAUGCAAGUAGGAAGUAAUGACUGAGCUUUUACAAGAGAAUUAUAAGUAGCAAGAUUGUUGAAUUUUUGUCAAUCACACUAAUAUGCAUUUGUCAAGGAUUCACUUGUUGCUUCCAUGCAUUUUCGCAUGGUGCUGAAAAUUACUACUCUCUCCCUAAUAUUUAACCACAAAUGCUCUA